AUGCACCAGCAGCAGCAGCCGCCGCCGCAGAGGGGGGCGCUCCCGCCGACGCAGGCCUUCCAGGCGGCGGAGCGGGCGUGCGCGGCGGAGCAGAUGGCGCUCGAGGACGCGUGGAAGGCCCUCAACCCGGACUUCAGGACGCCCUUCGCCUCCGUCGAGGACGCCGUCAGCAGGUUGCUGCCAUACCAUGUCUUUGCGGACUACGAAGAGGAUGACGAUGUCGUUGAUGCCACCGGCGGCGGCGGCAGCAGCAGCGUCGCCACCGCAACAGAGAAUUCAAGCUCGCAGAAAUGGGAGGCAGACAUGGGCGCCACAGUGGAAGGUUUUAUCGAGGACUUCGAGAAGCAGGUGCUAACCUUCAACGUCAUGAACCAGCAGCGCGCGGCGGGCCUCAACCGCGCUGAGGAGCAGCUCAUUCUGGCGAGGGCGCUGUACGAAGACGAGCGCUGGCAGGUGGAGCGCUUGCGCGCGGCCCUCGUGCAGCACCAGCAGCGGGAGCAUCAACGGGAGCAGCAGGAAGCCGCGCGCGCGGUAGCGCUCGCGCAGGCGCAGGUGCAGGCCGCGGGGCAACCCGCCUCCUCGUGGCAAGCGCUCGCGGCUGCGGCGCAUGGCGAAGGGAGCUCCCGCGGGCAGGCGCAGGCGCCAGGAGCCAUGAUGAUGCAGCAGCAGCCGCCGACGUCGGAGACGAUGAUGACUGCCGGGGCCUGGCAGGCGCUCGCAGCGGCGGCUGCGGCGGCGUCGCGCGGCGAGGGAGGCUCCAGCGGGCAGGCGCUGAUACAGGCCGUCAUGAUGCAGCACGUACAGCGGCAGCGGCGGCAGCAGCAGCAGGAGGAGAUGAUGGCUGCGGCGUCGCGCGGCGAUGGCGUUCCCGGCGGCUGGCAGGCGCUUCCGCCGGCCCCAGUGAUGCAGCGGCAGCAGGAGGAGAUGCUGGCGGCGGCGGCAUCGCGCGGCGAGGCGGGCCCCGGCGAGCAGGCGCUGGCGUCGGCCGCGUUGCUACGUCAGCUGCAGCUGCUCCAGCAGCAGCAGCAGCAGCUGCAGCAUCAGGAAAUGAUGGCGGCGGCCGGCGGAUGGCAGCAGCUGGGCGGGCGGCAGUUGUACGCGUCGCCGCGCGGCGACGGGAGCUCGAGCUCGCAGGCGGCGCUGCCUCCUGCGGUGCUUCGGCAGACAGGGCAGGGGCAGACCAGCAGCGCGGCCGCUGGGAUGGCGCUCCUGCCGUGGCGUGGGGGCGCCGAGGGAAGGGAGCAGUAG